GUAUGGGGGAAGGAAGAUAAAAAAAAAACAAAUGUUAAAGUGCUAAUCAGUAGGGUGGAAAGUGCUUAUCAGUUUUCCGCUCAACGCUGCCGGCUUACCUUGCAGAAAAUAUUUCUGCAUUGUUAACUACGCUGCCACUAUUCUCAUCCAUCCAAGAAAGCUUUCCUAACAACGCUGCGAAAAAUGAGCCGUCUGUUCAGUACUAGUUCGGCCCUCGGCGCGACUGCAAGCAAAAUGGCUAGUAAUUUUCGGAAAGUAACCCAUUGCAUCUUCGACAUGGAUGGAUUACUGCUGGACACCGAGAUCCUGUACACGGAGCUUACGCAGAGUGUUGCCGACCCGUACGGUAAAACGUACACCUGGGACGUGAAGCAGUCCAUAAUGGGAUUGCAGCGAGAGGCGGCCGCCGUUGCAAUCAUAGAGGCCCUGGACCUGCCACUGACACCGGAGGAGUACAUUGAGAUCACGACGAAAAAAAUCAACGAAAUAAUGCCCAACUGCAGCCUGAUGCCAGAUACAGAGAAAAUCUACGAGAAAAUUUUUCGAGAAAUAAUCAAAUCGUACAACUCGACCUACCCGUGGGCCACCCGGCUUAAGAUCCUUGGUACGACCGAACAGAGAACCGUCUCGAUCAUAGUGAACGAUCUGAAGCUGUCCUGUACAGUGGAUGAGUUUUUGAAAACGUUCCGCGAGAAACAGCUAGUGGAUCUCGAAGGCGCUUCUCUCAUGGGAGGUGCCGCGCGUCUAGUACGCCAUCUGCAUCAGAACAACAUUCCUAUUGCGGUGGCAACUAGCUCGAGUGCGGAGUCGUACGAGGUAAAAACACGGAAGCACCUAGAACUAUUCGAUCUCUUCCACCACAAAGUAACCGGUUCAUCCGAUCCAGAAGUCAAACAGGGUAAGCCAGCUCCAGAUAUAUUCCUGAUAGCUGCCUCGCGUUUUCCUACGAAACCCAAUCCAGAAGAGUGCCUUGUUUUCGAAGACGCCCCCAACGGAGUGACGGCCGGUCGGGCCGCCGGAAUGCAGGUGGUGAUGGUUCCCGAUCCUCACAUAGAGGAAGAACAGCGAAAGCAUGCAACGUUGGUGCUAAAUUCCCUAGAGGAGUUUCAACCGGAAUUGUUUGGACUGCCCGCCUUCAAGUAAUAGGAUAGGAUCGCAUCGAAGCGAGUUCUCCUAGCGAGAAGGGUAAGAGUUUCGGAACGGCGACGGAUUUGUGCACUUUGGCACCGAGACGAUGUCGGCGUUUGUUAGUUCGUACAAAGUCAUGAUACCCACCUUCGAAGUUGGUAUGCAUCGGCAAUAGGUGUAACAGAAUUAUUUUAAAUGUGAGUAGAGUAACACUAUUAAAA